UAUUGCUUUCUGGACACCUUUGGUGAACGUCCCCAGUCCUUUAAAAGCGCAGAGUCUAGCGGACCAGUCUGAGCUCUGGAGUUAAGUGAGCACAUCUCCUCAGCUGGGGCAGCUCCUGGUAGCUCUGACUCCCACCUUCUGGAGCAGAUAUGUCUGGGGAGACGCCGAUGUGUAGUAUGGACCUACGUGAGAUCAAGGGGAAGGAGACCAACAUGGCUGGCAGUUACCAUGGCAUGUCCUGGUAUGAGCAGUACAUACAACCGUGUGUGGUGGAACUUUUGGGCUCCGCUCUCUUCAUCUUCAUCGGGUGUCUAUCGGUCAUCGAGAACAGUCCGAAUACUGGGCUCCUGCAGCCUGCCCUGGCUCACGGGCUGGCCUUGGGGCUCAUCAUUGCUACCUUGGGGAACAUCAGCGGUGGACACUUCAACCCUGCUGUGUCGCUGGCAGUCACACUGGUUGGAGGCCUCAAGACCAUGCUGCUAAUUCCCUACUGGGUCUCCCAGCUGUUUGGGGGAAUGAUCGGAGCUGCCCUGGCUAAGGUGGUGAGUCCAGAGGAAAGGUUCUGGAAUGCGUCUGGGGCAGCCUUCGCCAUAGUCCAGGAGCAGGAGCAGGUGGCAGAAGCCCUGGGGGUAGAGAUCGUUAUGACGAUGCUGUUGGUAUUGGCUGUGUGUAUGGGUGCCGUCAAUGAGAAGACGAUGGGUCCCCUUGCCCCGUUCUCCAUUGGUUUCUCUGUCAUUGUGGAUAUCCUGGCAGGUGGUGGGAUCUCUGGAGCCUGCAUGAACCCUGCUCGUGCCUUUGGACCUGCUGUGAUGGCUGGCUACUGGGACUUCCAUUGGAUCUACUGGCUGGGCCCACUCCUGGCUGGCCUCUUCGUGGGACUGCUCAUUAGGCUCUUCAUUGGAGAUGAGAAAACCCGCCUGAUUCUAAAGUCGAGGUGAAGAACUGCUGGCAGCAUCCCCACUGCCUGGAGUCCUCAGCUGUUUGUCCUGAGUUGAGGACAGGACAAUUCCAUUAUUUUCUGCAGGACCUGAGCUCAGAGGAGCCACUCUGACAGCAGCAGACCUUGGCCUGGCUUCCCAGGCAGGCAGGCAGCUGCUGCUGUCCUGAGCAUGCUCCUGGAACCUGGAACUCCUUUGUGCCCAUGGACUGGGCUUGGGGCCCAGCCUAAAGACAGGUAGAGACCACAUAGAAAAGGAGGACAGGUCUCUGUUCUUGAGAGAGGGCAGGGCAUGGGAGAGCCGAGCAGUUGCUAAUGCACACCGUUCAUUUCUCCAGCCCUCUUUCUUUUUUACUGUGUUGGGUUUGGAACCCAGUCCAUGCGUACUAGGUGAGCACUUUGCUACUGAGCCUCCUGCUCUCCCCACCCUCUUCCUCUUGGUUACACUGUUACAGAAGGGCUUUCAGGAGCCCAAAGGUCUCCUCGCCUCCCCAGCUGCCAAUCUGACUUUGUAAUAAAUGGCUUAGUGUUUCCUGCCA